AUGAAGCUUGCCUGCACUCGCUGCAAGCGCAAGAAGCAUCUACAACAGCGACUAGAGCUACUCGAAAAGCAGACCAGCAGCACGAGUGACGAAGACACUCCCUCUGUCUCAACGUCAGAGCCAAGACCAGGAACUGCUCAAAGCAAUGCACUCCCACCAUGGCCAGAGACGUCAUCAGGUGUAGAUGAUGGGCAGGAGUCAUGGGUUUAUCGACUAGCUUCAGCAACGAGACGGCACUUCCAAACUCAAGCAACUCCAGCUGCGACGCCGGGCCAGACGCCUCGAAGCGAUCAGGCCCGUGACCGCAUCGAUAGCUCCCUGGUGUUGCUGAACGAGGCUCUUGAUGACCUGGGCAAUCUGAGACUUCGCACAGAGGCGCAUAAUGUAGUACUUGAUCUAUCUCCUACAGAGGCACGAGCGUAUAUUGACUCAUUUGGAAAUCUCAAGGAUGCCAUGGCCGUGCCAGGCGUCUUUGCAUUCUCCACGAUUGACAUCAAAUUUCUUCGAGCGCUUCCAGAGAUGAUAGAUUCACCCCAUAUCGUCGUAAAGUCAGGAACGCGCGUCAUGUACUACAACGCAUUGUACUACGGGCUUCUUGAAGAACUUGGCCCAGGACAUUCCCUAACAACGAAAGCGUACAUGAAAGUCCUUGAGAGCGUACCAGCCUGGCUCGAAGACACCGAUAUGACAGACCUGGACGGGAAUACUGCUGCCCUGACUGCAUGGACCGCGAUUAACAAUCACGACUAUCAGCUGGCAUGGAAGUUUCAUUGUAAAAGCAUAUUUUAUCUUCGAGCCAGAGGUAUAGAUCAGCUCGACGUCACGCCGACGAGGAGUUUUGAGGAAGAAGCUGAGAGAGUUGCGCACCGGUAUCUUUACUGGCACAUCUUAUCCAUUGACAUGAUGUUUCAGUUGUUUUUUGGGAAGCCCGCUAUGAUGCGGUGGUCGCCUAACAAUGUCCGGCCACCGGAUUUCUAUCGUGAUACAGACGCCUCAGCGGCGAAAAUCACCACGACUAUUGUCUGGAUACGGAUCACACGUCUAGCCACAGAAACGCUUAAUCUUGCCAGUAACACAAAGGACAAUAUUGAAGGUGUUGCCCUUGAGGUUGACAAACUCUGUCUUCAACUCGAAGGCAUUAUGGCCGAGUGGAAACUAGAAAGGCUUAUGGACGACGAAGACAUAUCAAACGACUACCGCUGUCUCAUUAUAGAUGCUGUUAUGACUAUAUACGCUAUCAUCAUCGGUAUGCAGAGACUAGUCCAGAAGACCAGACCAGGAGCUAGAACACUCCACGCUGCUCGACGAAUUGUGACUCUUAUCAUCGAGUUCUAUGCGAGCCCGACCCUGACCAACAGGUCUAGGACUGUUUGCACCCAUUUUAUGACAUUUUUCCCCUUCUGUGCCAUCUUCACUCUAUACGAGCACAUCAUUGCCUGCCUUGAGCCCGAAGAAUGUGAUAGCGACAUCCAGGCCCUAGAAAACAUGGGGCUUGCCAUGGCGCAGAUUUCGACUGAACGCCCUGGCUUUGUGCCAUUUGCGAAAACAAUUGAUGCAUUGAAUAAAGUAUCGCGCAUUCUACUGGAGGAGAGACGCUUGGCAAGAACGACGGAUGUAGUAAGACAAGUCGACUCUGGCGCUAUGGAGGGCGUGGAUCUCCCUUGGGCAGGAUUUGAUGCUUUUCAAAAUCUUGUCGCAACCGAGUUACCAGACUUUGAUCUAUCGACUUUCCCACCGCUCCCAGACUACUCCAUGGAUGUGGAAGGAGAUUUCUAUCCCUCUGGCUUUUUUAGAGCCUUGGAGAAUGAUUUUAUGAGAUAA